AUGUUGCGCCUCCCUGUGGAACUUCUCUACAAGAUAUUCGCGGAUUUCACAUUGAAACUACACGACCUCGUCUCGGUCUGCUGUGUCUGUCGUUUCUUCGACGACGUAGUCGAAUCCCUCCUCUAUGAAAAUGUCAUUUUGCGACUACACCAUCCAGAUGACAGCAAAGAAUUGAACAAUCUCGUUCCCCGGCACACCAGACAUCAUUUAAUUCGUAGGCUCGUAUUCUACACCGUGGAUGCAGAGCAAUGUGCUCCCUUUCAAAGUCUUCUUCGGUCGUCCCAUCAACUGCAAGAGCUCUACCUUCUAUCAAUGCCAACCACAAUUUUCAAACGUGAUCAACCUUCCCACAAUGUUGACCUCUAUAUACUCACUGGCGCCAUCGACUGUCCCUUUCGACUCACAAAACUCCACUGGGACUGCCGGGUUUCAGGGCUCGAUCUAGACGGGCUAGUCGACUUCCUCGAACACCAGCCAUGCCUCGAAGUACUUCUGCUUCCAUGCCUCAAAUCUCCAAUUAAAUUAUCCGAACAAGCCUUACCACGCCUUCGUGUCCUAUGGGCCACUGUAGAGUUCGCAGCGAGCGUUCUCUCAAUGCGGCCCGUCACACACUUGCGAUUAGAGAAUAUAUCUCUCAAACCCUUCCACAAGAGGCCGACCGCCAUCUCGUCAGAGAUGAUCAGCAAACUCGAACUCCUUGACAUAUCAUCCUAUGACAUCGAGAGAUCAUCUGUAUUCCCUUUUACAGCGGGGAUGGUCAAUCUUGAGAGCUUGCGGCUCCAAAUCGCAAGAGAGGAUAUACAGAUGCUCGGGGACUUUCCACUUCAUAAACUACGCAACAUCCACUUCUCUCGAUCUACCAAAGCUAUCACUCCCGCCAUCAUCCUUGCAUUAUUCACCUUGAUUCCUUCUUUGGAAUGUGUUAUCGAUCAAUUACCGUUCGAGUCUGGAAAGUCUACACAAUGGGACUACUUUUAUAGGACGGGGGUCUCGGUUCGCAAGAAACGAUAUGUCCCUUGGCUACAGGCACGGCUUUUCCAUUGCAUCUCGUAUUGCCGAGACGAAGAAUGGUGGCGAGAUCGGGAAGAUGGCUUCGAGGCGACAGAGGAAAAACCGAUGACCCCGAGAUCGAUCUUUUACUGA